AUGUGCGAUAAGAAUGUGUCGCUUAGGCUUAAAGAUAAGUUUUGUAGAGUGGUGGUUAGACCAACAUUUUUGUACGGGGUAGAGUGUUGGCCAGUUAAGAAUGCUUACGUGCAGAAGAUAAAGGUAGCAGAGAUGAGGAUGCUCAGAUGGAUGUAUGGGCAUACAUGGAGAGAUAUGAUAAGGAAUGAAGUUAUAAGGGACAAGGUGGGAGUGGCAUCAGUGGCGGAUAAGAUAAGGGAAGCGCGACUGAGAUGGUUUGGUCAUGUGGAAAGGAGGUGUGAGGAUGCGCUAGUAAGAAGGUGGGAGAGUGGGGAUAGUAGUCAGCAUGUUAUUAUCUUCCUUAUUGGUUCUCCGUUCUAUACAAUCAAGAUGUUGAAGUUCAGGGGUGUUGCCUACUGUGAACAUGCUGGAAAAAUGAUGAACAGCUUCUGA